CGUAGUGUCUUCUUCCUCAAUCGUGUUAGGGUUUAGAAAUUUACAGAACAGUGCCUUGAUUUGCGGCAAUAAUGAACACCGCCCCAAACUAACGCCGUUUUUCGAUGCACACUCCAGUCCUUUCGACCAAUAUUUGACUUCACUUUAUCCAACGAUCGAUUACAAGCAUAACAGUUCCUCCACAGUUUCAUUUCGCAAUGGCAACGAGAUUCGCAAUUCUCAGGGGCACUGGAGGGAAAAUGAGUAGCAUUUUAGGGUUCAAUAGAUGGAUCCAUUCCGUGCCCCAAUCUCCUCCUUUGGCUGGGAGCAUCGAUCUCGGGGUUCGGUCGCCACAACCCGUUUUGCCUGAGUUUAGUUUCCCAAGUUUCUCUUUUGGUGACUCUAUGGAGCUCAUGGCUGUCCCUAAAAGGAAGACUUCUCCCCAUAAAAGAGGAAUAAGAAAUGGACCAAAAGCUUUGAAACCUGUUCCUGUUCUUGUCCUAUGCAAAAGUUGUGGUCGUGUCAGGCUUCCACACUUCUACUGUUGUGGUGGGAGACCGAAUACGGGUAAUACUGGUGAACAGAAUGGUACAAGCUGAUCAAGCAGUUUGCGAUGAAGCACCAGAUGUUGGAUGAUGGGCAGAGCCACACAUAUGUAGAUCUUUUGAUUAUUAGCUAUUUCAUGGGAUUGGCCGUUUAGUAGUACUGCUUUAUGUCCUUCUUGUUUCCUAAGCAAUCCCUUUAUUGGGUCGGAAAUUUAUGAAUUUUGAAGAUGGUAUUUUGCUUCCAUUGAAGAGUAGCAGCUUUAGAGCUUAUUAUCUAAGGGUAAUUUAUUUUUCACGUAUAAUUGACGUUGUUCUUUUGAAGCUAAAUAGAGGUAAUCAUUCAAAGAUUUAUACUAUCACCUGCAAGAAAAAGAUGUAAGCGCAUGAAUCUGAAUUCACGUAACCAGUGCGGAAGCUUUCUCGUUUUAGGCCAAAGGACCUUGUUCUGAGUUCUGUAGGUAGGGUGAUAGGUUUCCUUAUUCACCCUUUUAUGCAAAUAGUGGAACACUUG